AUGCAGUCAAAAAUCAGUCCUUUGCCGUUCAAGAAUCUCCUACCUCCCAAGCAAAGACGACCGCAGCCGUUUGAUUCGAUCCCCAACACCACACAACUCCAAAACUCCAAAGCUUGGAAUAUUUUCCGGCGAAACUGUAGCCGGAGCCAAUCGUAUCGAUCGAUGGGUUCAAACGACGAGUUGCCAGAGGCCACGGUUCAGAACAUACUUGACCAGGACUCGCUCAAGUGGAUUUUCGUCGGCGGCAAAGGCGGCGUGGGCAAGACAACCUGCAGCUCGAUACUGUCCAUACUCCUCGCGCGCGUGCGGCAAUCUGUGCUCAUAAUCUCCACCGACCCCGCGCAUAACCUGAGCGAUGCGUUUCAGCAGAAGUUCACCAAGACGCCGACCCUCGUCAAUGGCUUCUCCAACCUGUAUGCCAUGGAAGUUGAUCCGAAUGUGGAACAUGAAGACAGUCUUGGUUCGGAUGCUACUGAUGGAUUUAUGUCUGAAUUAGCAAAUUCAAUCCCAGGAAUUGACGAGGCUAUGAGUUUUGCUGAAAUGCUCAAGCUAGUUCAAACUAUGGAUUAUUCCACCAUAGUAUUCGAUACAGCUCCAACUGGCCAUACUCUCCGGCUGCUACAGUUUCCUUCAACAUUAGAAAAAGGACUUUCCAAGGUCAUGAGUUUGAAGAAUAGGUUUGGUGGUCUGUUGAGCCAGAUGACUCGUCUCUUUGGUGUUGAAGAAGAGUUCGGUGAGGAUGCUAUCCUUGGAAAGCUUGAGGGCCUGAAAGAUGUGAUUGAAAAAGUGAACGAGCAGUUCAAAGAUCCAGAUUUGACAACAUUCGUCUGUGUCUGCAUCCCAGAAUUCCUUUCUCUUUACGAAACAGAACGCCUUGUCCAGGAGCUCACAAAAUUCGAGAUCGAUACACAUAACAUCAUUAUCAACCAAGUAAUUUACGAUGAUGAAGUUGUUCAAUCAAGAUUGCUCAAAGCUCGAAUGCGAAUGCAGCAAAAAUACUUGGAUCAGUUUUACAUGCUAUACGAUGAUUUUCACAUUACUAAGCUGCCUUUGCUACCUCAAGAGGUUUGUGGGGUUGAUGCCUUGAAAGCAUUUUCCUGCAACUUUUUAUCACCUUAUAAACCAUCGAUUACCCGAGGAACAGUUGAAGAGCUCGAGCUGAGGGUAUCGACACUAAGAGAGCAGCUCAAAGAUGCUGAAACCGAACUCGAAAAACUGAGAAAGGGUAAAGAAAAAGUUUAG